AUGAACUGCGGAAACCAUACAAAGCACUAUAAUUGCGAGGAGCCUCUGGUACUCUCGCUACCUGCGACAGCCUUUGACAGCUCCUCCGAGCUCUCCAGCAGCCACAGCCCCAGCUUUGCAAAGCUCAUCAGACGGGAUGGAGCUGGUGGCUGGUCCCCAUUGGAUUCUAACAAGGAAGAAUGGCUCCAGAUUGAUCUGGGAGACAGAGUGGAGAUUACUGGUGUUGCUACUCAAGGAAGGUAUGGAAGUUCAGACUGGACAACAAGCUACGUUCUAAUGUUCAGUGACACAGGUCGCAACUGGAAGCAGUACAGAGAGGAUGACAUCAUCUGGGUCUUCCAGGGGAAUACCAAUGCUGACAGCAUUGUACAGCACAAGUUUCUGCACUCUGUUAAAGCUCGCUUUGUGCGCUUCGUUCCACUGACAUGGAAUCCAAGUGGGAAAAUCGGCUUGCGGGUUGACGUCUUUGGGUGUUCAUACAAAUCGGAUAUUGCUGACUUUGACGGGAGGAGCUCCCUCCUCUACAGGUUCAACCAAAAAUUAAUGAGUACCUUCAAAGAUGUGGUUUCCCUGAAGUUCAAGAGCAUGCAGAAAGAUGGGGUCCUGUUUCAUGGAGAAGGGCAGCAUGGGGAUUACAUUACACUGGAGCUGCAGAAUGGGAAGCUUUCUUUGCACAUCAACCUGGGAGAUGCCAAGCUGCGUUUCAGUAACAGCCACACAUCGGUUACCUUGGGCAGCCUCCUGGACGACCAGCACUGGCACUCAGUUCUCAUUGAGCGAUCCAAUAAGCAAGUGAACUUCACAGUGGACAAGCAUGUGCAGCAUUUCCGGACCAAGGGAGAUUCUGAUGACCUGAAUAUUGACUAUGAGCUCAGUUUUGGAGGAAUCCCAGUCCCAGGAAAACCCGGAACUUUUCUAAAGAAAAAUUUCCACGGCUGCAUCGAGAACCUGUAUUACAAUGGCGUCAAUAUCAUUGACCUGGCAAAAAGGCGGAAGCCACAGAUCUACAUUGUGGGCAAUGUGACUUUUGCUUGCUCAGAGCCACAGAUCACACCUAUUACCUUCGACAGCUCCAACAGCAGUUACCUGCUGUUACCAGGCACUCCCCAGCUUGACGGUCUGUCAGUCAGCUUCCAAUUUCGAACAUGGAACAAGGAUGGUCUGCUCCUAUCCACCGAGCUGUCAGAAAAUUCUGGCUCACUCCUGUUAUACCUCCAGCAUGGCAGGAUCACACUCAUCAUCCAGAAGGCAGCAGAAAAAUAUGUGGCCAUCAGUGCAGGCAGCAAUCUAUAUGAUGGCCUGUGGCACUCAGUGAACAUCAAUGCAAGGAGACAUCGCAUUACCCUAACUCUAGAUAACGAUGUGGCAUCUGCUGUCCACGCCACCACUGUUUCACAGAUUUAUUCAGGACACAGCUACUACUUUGGAGGGUGCCCUGACAAUUUUACCUAUUCAAAAUGUUUAAAUCCCAUUACGGCUUUUCAAGGCUGCAUGAGACUCAUCUUUAUUGAUAACCAGCCCAAGGACCUCGUUUUAGUUCAGCAAGGAUCCCUAGGGAAUUUUAGUGAUUUGCGCAUUGAUCUUUGUGGCAUCAAAGACAGGUGUUUGCCAAACUACUGUGAACACGGAGGAAGAUGUUCCCAGUCCUGGACAACAUUCUAUUGUGAUUGUAGUGAAACUGGUUACAUGGGAACAACCUGCCAUAACUCUGUUUAUGAGCAAUCAUGUGAAGCUUACCGGCACCAAGGGAAAACAUCUGGUUUCUUCCACAUUGACUCAGAUGCCAGCGGUCCACUGCCACCACUUUUAGUCUACUGCAAUAUAACUGAAGAUAAGAUCUGGACUGUGGUCCAACACAACAACUCGGAGCUGACUCGAGUCCAUGGGUCUGAUCCUGGGAAACCAUACAGCAUGAACUUCAACUACAACAGCAGCAUGGAGCAGCUGGAAGCAAUGAUAAAUAGUGCCGAAUACUGUGAACAGGAGGCAACUUACCACUGCAAGAAGUCACGUCUGCUCAACACCCCAAAUGGAAUGCCAUUUGUUUGGUGGGUUGGUCGUGCCAAUGAAAAACAUCCCUACUGGGGAGGGUCCCUUCCAGGAGUCCAGCAAUGCGCAUGUGGAUUGGAAGAAAGCUGCUUGGAUCUGAGAUACUUUUGUAACUGUGAUGCAGACAAAGAAGAAUGGGCCAAUGAUACUGGCUUCCUUUCCUUCAAAGAACACUUGCCUGUGAACCAGAUAGUCAUUACAGACACCAGCAGACCCAAUUCUGAAGCUGCCUGGAGAAUUGGUCCUUUGCGUUGCUAUGGAGAUAGACAGUUCUGGAAUGCAGCUUCUUUCAACACCGAGGCCUCGUUCCUUCUUUUCCCCACCUUCCAUGCAGAGUUCACUGCAGAUAUUUCUUUCUUCUUCAAAACAACAGCCACGUCUGGAGUCUUCUUGGAAAAUCUGGGAAUGAGAGACUUCAUUCGACUUGAAAUACACUCCCCUAACAUGAUUAUCUUCACUGUCAAUGUUGGAAAUGGUCCAGCUGAAGUCACUGUUGAGUCUCCGAAGCCCCUAAAUGACAACCAAUGGCAUUAUUUGCAUGCUGAACGGAACCUCAAGGAAACCUCUCUCCAGGUGGACAGCCUUCCAAAGAAGAUUCUGGAAGCACCUGUUGAAGGACACUUCCGACUGCAGCUGAAUAAUCCAUUAUUUGUAGGAGCAAUGGCUUCCAGGCAGCAGGGCUUCAUGGGGUGCAUCCGUGCUCUUCAUCUAAAUGGGCAGAAACUCGACCUUGAAGAAAGGGCCAAGGUGACCCCUGGUGUCAAGCCCGGGUGCCCUGGUCACUGCAGCAGUUAUGGGAGCCUCUGCCACAAUGGAGGGAAAUGUGUGGAGAAAUUCAAUGGCUACUUAUGUGAUUGCACCAAUUCUCCUUAUGAAGGACCAUUCUGUAAAGAAGACGUCUCUGCACUUUUUGAAGCUGGCACGUCCAUUACCUACAUUUUCCAGGAGCCUUAUCCUGUAACCAAAAAUGCAAGCUCUCCCUCCUCUGCCAUAUAUGCUGACACCUCUCCAUCCAAGGAAAACAUUGCCUUUACCUUCCUGACAGCACACGCUCCAAGCCUCUUGUUCUACCUCAAUGUCUCCUCGCAUGACUAUUUGGCUGUUAUUCUCUCCAAGAAUGGAAGCUUGCAAGUCCGAUACAAACUGAGUAAGGACAGAUCCCUUAUUUUUACAAUUGAUUCUGGAAACUUUGCUAACCGGGAGCUGCACCAUGUGAAGAUAAACAGAGAUGGAAGAGAACUGACCAUUCAGAUUGACCAGGUUCUCAAAGUCAAGCACAACUUUUCUUCAGAGGCUGACUUCAGGGCCAUCAAAUCUCUGUCCUUGGGGAAAGUCAAAGAUAGUCAAGGCCUGGAUCUGGAGGUCUCCAGGGCAAACUCGUUUGGAUUCAUAGGAUGCAUGUCAUCUGUCCAGUACAAUCACGUAGCUCCACUGAAAGCGGCUUUGCGGCAUCCCAGUAUAGCACCUGUGACCGUCCUGGGUUCCUUGUCUGAAUCAAACUGCAGAUCAUUGGUUGAUGUUGAUGUAAAUACAGCAACAACAAUAUACUCUUCCUCAGAUCCAUUUGGAAAGGCAGAUGAGAAAGAGCCACUCACCAAUGCCGUAAGGAGUGAUUCAGCUGUAAUUGGAGGUGUUAUAGCAGUGGUGAUCUUCAUCAUCUUUUGCAUCGUGGCCAUUAUGAGCAGAUUUCUUUACCAGCACAAACACACACAUCGGAGCAGCCAGACAAAAGAAAAGGAAUACCCUGGACACCUUGAUAGUUCUUUUAAGACUGAUGUUGACUUGCAGAACACAGUGAGCGAGUGCAAGCGGGAAUACUUCAUCUAG